AAUAUUCUCUUAUUAAUAUGUUUUGUGUACUUCUUUCCAUGUUCUUUUCCCAUAUCAACGAGGAUGAUCUAGGGGAUAGCUGUCGCCCUCCGAUGUCAACCGAUCCAACGACGUCAAAUUUACAUCCACGCUAAGCCAAACCUCCAGGAGAGCCUCUCCUCUUGCAGUUUUCGUAUCUUAGAGUUCAAAUCCCUGCCAGCGUCGUUUGUAUGCGCCUUCAAAGGAUUUUCUUAGCAAAUUGGCGACUAUAGAUCUGCAGCGGAUGACCGCAGCAAGCACGACGAGUCUUCCACUGCAGAUCUAGGUUUUGUACUUCUCUUGACUUCUGAAACACAGUCACAGGCUGGGCAGGCAACCAACCCCUGCUGUGAUAUGAGAGUCCGACCUGUCGAUCCCAAGUCGGGCAACGAAGGACUUCGUAUACAAGCAUUGUGUUCUCUAAUGUGCAACACCACCAUGAAAAUAUCCCUAGUGCUGGGUGUCCUGGCUAUCCUAGUUUGUGAGCAUACAGCUCUUGCGCAGACUAGUACUAUCGUCAUAGAGGUAGGGGUCGAUGAAGUCUUUACAGUGGAGUGUUACGCCUUUGAGAGCGAUACCUCAGUUCAGAAAUAUUAUGGACUUUGGGAGAUGCAGCUGCAUCAGUCUCUGCAAGUGGCGGCUGCGGAUUCCAGCCCCUCGAGUAUCGUCUGUCACUUCGUCCUCACUGGUGUGAUUCACCUGCAUCAGGCUUUCCCAGUUUAUCUCAAGUCUGGGCUGAUGUUUCCGUAGGGGGAUGUUUGCCACUGGACAAUUAUGGGUCUUGAAUUUCACCUGUUCAAUCCAGCUAAAUACUCCGAUACACUUGAAUAUCCAUAGCUAGCCGGACAGGACAGUUGGACUCGUCCAGGUUUUUAAAAUGAUGUAUUGUUCUGUAGACUGAUUCUGCUGUGCCCGAUAUAUCAAGUCUACCGGUAGUCUAGUCUAGGUGUGAAACGAGGUGACCAUACGGCUGCGCGAAAUUAAAAGUGAAAGGAUAUUCAAAAGUUUUGAACAUCUAAUUGAGAGAUGAAUUUUGUACAUUAACAAUCCUGGAGUCAUAAUAAACAAGAGUG